UGCGCGGCAGUGGAAGCGAGUGCUACGCUACUCUUAGUGCGAUUAAUCCUUGAUUGAUUGGGAAGUGCGAGAUGGAUACGAGCGAAGCCGGAGCGGCCAUGCUCACAGCCACCGAGUGAUACGCGUUUCCACGAGUCGUCCUGGACAGGCAUGGAUUUCUCCGUGAAAGUGACUGCCGAGACUGGACCUGAUCAGCGCGACGGCGACAACGAGAGUCAAACGGAUGUUGCAUCAUCACCACUGGUCGAGCAGCCGGAAGGUACACACCCGUGCCCGGCCUGUCCACUCGUACUCGCGAGUUCCCGAGACUUGACGACUCAUCUACGAGGCCACAACUCACCCCGCAGCAUCAGCGACUGCAGCGGCGAGGAGGUUGACUACGCUUGCGGUGUCUGCCACAAGGUCCUCAGCUCCGCCAGUUCCCUUGACCGUCACGUCCUCGUGCACUCGGGCGAGAGGCCCUUCAAGUGCAAGUACUGCGACAUGGCAUUCACGACCAACGGUAACAUGAACAGGCACUUGCGCACGGCCCACAGGACGCUUUCACCGUCCCACAGCUGCACCGACUCCGAGGGCAGCUGCGACUCGGAGCGGCCGCUCAAGCGCCGACUCAUCCAAGAGGAGUACAACAAUAACGAGGUUGCUAAGCGCAACUCUCCGGAGCUCGUCGCCGAGCACGGUAAGCGCAAGUGCCCGGAUUACGGGGACGAGCUCGACGGCGGCCACCGCAGGCACAAGAUACUCCUGGGUAGUGGCCGUGCGGACUUGCGAGGCGGUUACGCCGAGGCAGCCCAGUGCACCUACAGCUGCGCCGUCUGCGGCAGGCAGGAUUUCGCAACGAGCGCCCUCCUCGAGGCCCACCUCGAGCGCAGCCACCCGGACGUGCCCGCCAAGUGCGAGAGCUGCAACCUCUCCUUCAAGAACCAUCGAGCACUCAAUCUCCAUCGCUUCAUGAUACACUUUAGCGAGCACGGGGCCGCGGCGGUAAGCCGCAAUCUACGCAACUCCGUCGUCGGCUUCAACGACCUCACCUUCGUCGACUUCUCCUCGGAUAAGUUCCCCGCGAUAGCCCGGGCUGUCUGCGAGCAGUCGCUGCACCGGCCGGCCUCGGGCGAGACACCGCGUUACCAGUGCUCCAAGUGCCUGCGCGCCUUUCCCUGUCGCUCGGCCCUCGACGCCCACGAGACGGAGUGCGGUCUGCUGCCCCUCGACGCAGCCGGCCGCCGCAUUCACGAGGAGCAGCAGUCGACGAGGGACGACUUCUUCGCGGGCCUCGAUCUCCAGAACAAGGCGGCCCUCGUCGAAGCUAAGGAGGGCAAGGACCUCGCUGACAUACAGAGCAUCAUCUCCGUGACCUCCGGCCCCAUACUCCAGAGCUUCUCGAGGUCGGACGCGAGCACGCCCGACAAUUGUAAGAUCAAGCAGAGCCUCGGCUCCUCCGGCUCAUCCGGCACCCCCUCCUCCGAGUACCACGAGGAGGAGGCUCAGGACGCGUUCGCGGCCGAGUUUCGUAAGAUGAAGCUCAAGGGCGAGUUCCCCUGCAGGCUCUGCACCGCCGUGUUUCCCAAUCUUCGCGCCCUCAAGGGCCACAAUCGCGCUCACAUGGGCGUCGGCCCGGGUAUGCCCUAUCCCUGCAACAUGUGCCCCUACAGCAGCACCGACAAGGCCACCCUCGUCAGGCACCUGAGAUCGCACAAUGGCGACCGACCCUACGAGUGCUCGCUCUGCAAUUACGCCUUUACGACGAAGGCCAACUGCGAGAGGCACGUGCGCAAUCGCCACGGGAAGCUGUCGCGCGAGGAAAUCAAGAGCGUCCUCAUCUACCAUCCGAGCGAGGACUCCACCAACGACAGCAGCCUCGAGAGGAGCUCACCCCGGGGAUUGGCCCGUGACGACAUUCGCAAGACUCUCGUCUACUCGAGCGAGCGCGACGAUAUGGCUACCUUACAGCAACAUCAACACCAACAGCAACAGCACCAACAGCUCCAUUAUUCAGGCGAAAUAAGGAUCAAGGACGAGGCGAAGUUACGUCAGCCGGGUUUGGCAGGCUUGGCCAGCCUUCAUCACGCGGUCGACGUCGGCCACUACGACAAGAGCGGCGACGUGUUCUCGCGGCCGUCGGCCAUGCAGCAGCCCCUCGAGCUCACCUACAGGGCCGACGAGCUCGACAAGCCACGGCGAGGUGCUCUCAAAAGCCUCGAUGACGACUUAGAUUCGAGGUCGUCGGACGGUAGCGUGUCUCUAGUCAGCGAAACCAAAGCGGACGCACACCAAAGAAUCCAGGCCAGCCCAAUGGACUUGAAAAAGUCGAACGGCAACGAUAUAUCGCUCGUGGAUGGGGAUGCCGAGGCCGAGGACGCGCCCCUCGAUCUCACCAUGGACGUACUCGAUUUGAGUAAGAAAGCCGCGGCUGCGGCCGCCGUAGCCGCGGCCAUAAAGGACAGCGAGACCGCCGGCGUCGGCGUCGGCAUUGGCAUCGGUGGCGCUGGUGAUAUUAAUGGUAACGCCGAGGACCUCAGCGGCAAUCACAAGGACUUGUACAACACGACCAAUCAGCUGCUGCUUACCCAAGCACUGCUCAAGGCCGGCCAAGUGGGCGCCGCCCAACCGUCGUCCCUCGAGACUUUUUAUGCGAACGCCCACAUGAUUUACCGGAACUUUGGGACAUUCUCGGGCGUCGGUGCCGGCAUCCUCCAGCCCUACCUAUUUAAUCCUCACCUCUUUAGCCAGGACUUCGCGAUGAAAGAGCGGCUGCAGAAGGAGCUCGUCCGGGGCCUCCAGACGAGCGGCGGCAGCCUCGUGGAGCCACCGGCCCCCGGCUACGUUGCAGCCUUCCCCCCGCCGCGAAACCCUCCGCCCACUCACAGCGCCAGCGAGCCGAGCGACUACCCGAGUAUGCUGCCCUCGAAGCUAAUGAGCAAGAGCUUGUCGCCGCGCGAGAAGCUCGAGGCCCCGCCGUCCGCCAAUUCCGUCAAGAUGGUCAUAAAGAACGGCGUGCUGAUGCCGAAGCAGAAGCAGCGGCGCUACAGGACCGAGCGGCCCUUCACCUGCGAGCACUGCUCGGCGAGAUUCACCCUGCGCAGCAACAUGGAAAGACACAUAAAGCAGCAGCAUCCGCAGCACUGGAGCCAACGGCCCAGAGGCGGCCACUCGACGAGGGGAAGGCCGCCGACCAAUCCUCCGACGCUGCUGCAGAACCUCGGUCAGCAGUCCACCGCCCACCAGCAGAUCGCCCAUUCGUACUCGAAUUUGCUGCCGAAGCUCGGGCAGUCGUCGACGGCGGAUUACGGGAAGCACGCGAUCUCCGACCAAGUCAAGUACGCGAUUCUCGCCCAGCAGCUGAAGGGCAACAAGCAGGAUGAUAAUGACACCGACGAAGAGCUCAUCAUCGACGAGGAGUCGGCUGGCGGAGAGAAGGAGGGCGCCGCUAAGGAGCCCACCGAGCGUACCCUGAGCCUAUUGCGAGGAAAAUUGGAGGCCAAUAUCGAGUGUAAAGGUGGUGAAGAUCGGCAAUCUAAGGAGGCAAGGAGGAGAGGAUCAGCGGAGCAGAAGUUACGGAUUAAGGAGGAAGCCGAGGCUCGGGACGAGGGGCCGAACUCCGUCAAAGCGGGCGAGUCCGCGGAAUCGGAGAACGAAGACGGGCCGAACGAGCUACUGCGCAAAGUCGCCGUAAAGUCGGAGGCGAAAGUCGAGGUGAAGGCCGAACAAAACGAGAGCGAGGACCUCGCCAGCGUCUCCGAGAUCCUCGACAAUGCCUCGCAGCAUUACCAGCAGUUCCAGUCGCAGUACAUGAGCGACGAGGAGGGCCUCGUCGCGUCGACCAGCGACUGCAAUCAGUCCGGCAGCGACGAGAAGUCCGACUCGAUCAAUUCCGGCAAUUCCGGCAACUCCUCCACCACGAAAAAGAAGAAGAAAAUGAAGAAGAAGAAGAAGAAGAAGAAGUCCGCCUACUCGAUGGCACCGAAUCGUGUCAUAUGCCCCUACUGCGAGCGACCCUUCCCCUGGACGUCCUCGCUAAGGCGGCACAUUCUCACGCACACCGGGCAAAAGCCGUACCAGUGCAUGCACUGCUCCCUGCUCUUCACCACCAAAUCCAAUUGCGAUCGUCACCUGCUACGUAAGCACAAGGCCAACGCCAACAAGAUACGCAGGGCCCGCAGCACGUCGUCGCCCGAGGCCCAGGAGGCGCCAGCCAACAACAACGGCCAGUUCUCCAUGAGGAACGUCCCGGAGCGGCCCUACAAAUGCAAUCAGUGCCCGAGCUCGACAUUCUCCACUCUCGGCAAUUUAAAGAAGCACAGGUCGACGAAGCACGCGCGUAACGCCAAGUCGAGGCCCGACUCGCCCUCCAGCGAGACCCACAAUAGCCCAGAUCAGAGCCCGAGCGAAUGCACCCAGGACAACGACCAAAGCGGAUACGAGAGCCAGUCAUCGGGUGAUUCGGAGAACUUGGAGAACGCUACCGCCACCGUCGUGGCCACCACCACCGCCACCGCCACCACCACCGCUACCGCAACUCCACCAGGGAAUGACGCGUCGCGAUCGAGACGAGGCUCCCCGAGGUCGUCACCCGGUCCAACCGCCGAAGCACCCUUCAAGUGUCACCUAUGCGACAGCGGUUUCGCCGAUCGCCAAGACUGUCUCGAGCACAUCAAGGACAACCACGAGCGCUCUUACGAGAUGCUCGUUGCCAAGGGCGCUCUCGACAUGGACAUCGAGAGCCACGAGGAGCAGAUGCCGCCAGCGCCACAGCCGCCACCGCAGUCAUCGUUGACGUUGACGUCCUCGUCCGCCCCGUCGUCGUCGCUUCAGCAUCCGAGCGACGGCGAGGAGAGACGCGGCAGGUUCCCCGACUACAGUAACAGAAAGGUCGUCUGCGCCUUUUGCAUGCGCCGCUUCUGGUCGGCGGAGGAUCUUCGUCGCCAUAUGCGCACGCACACGGGCGAACGGCCCUUCUCCUGCGACAUCUGCUGCCGACGCUUCACUCUCAAGCACAGCAUGCUGCGACACAGAAAGAAGCACGAGUCCGUGGACUCGACGAUGUACGUUGGAACGAGCGGCGACGAGGACAAUGGCUCGGUCGGGCCGAUGACCCAACCGCCAACGAUAACGCCACGCUCCCAGCAUCAGCCUGGCGCGAGUAGCGCCGGUAGCGCCUGCCUGCCCCAGGUCGGAAGUGUCGCGACCGGCGACGCCGCGCCCAGCUGCCUCAUGCGCUUCAACAAUCCCUACGAGAAGCUGACGACGCUCACGGGCAAACUGACGGCGGGCGUCUCCUCGAGCCUCGCCGUCCCCGACGCGAACGACAACACCGACAACGACCUCAUCUCCAAUCUGCUGGGCAUCAGGGACAAGAGUAUUAUCGAUCGCGUGCUACAAGCCUCGGCCGACGAUGCCGCCAAGCUCCUCGGCGUCAAAGGCAAUCACGAGUAAGCGCUCGCCUCCGGCUAGCCACCC